UUCCAGAAAUGCCAACGCUUACAAAAUGAUUUUUUCACAUUCACGUUGGCAUAUAAUUCAGAAACUAAAGACAUUCUCUUUUGGCAAUAUAAAAUUUUCAACAAUGUUGUCUCAACAAGCUCUUGAAAGCAAAAUAAAAGGUGAUGAUCUUGGAAAGCCACAAGAUGCCAAAGAAUCCAAAGAAAAAAAUACCGAAGAGGUAACAAAACUUUUAGAUUUAAAAUUUACAUUGAAAACUCCUAAAGGUACAAGAGAUUUUGCCCCAGAUCAAAUGGCUGUUAGAUUAGGAGUUAUGGAUAAAAUUGUAUCUGUAUUUAAGAAGCACGGUGCGGUGACUAUUGAUACGCCAGUAUUUGAAUUAAAGGAAGUUCUGACAGGUAAAUACGGUGAAGAUUCUAAGCUAAUUUAUGAUUUAAAAGAUCAAGGUGGCGAAAUUCUUUCCUUAAGAUAUGAUCUCACAGUACCUUUUGCAAGGUACCUUGCUAUGAAUAAGAUUUCCAAUAUUAAACGUUACCAUAUUGCUAAAGUUUAUAGAAGAGAUAAUCCUUCUAUAACAAAAGGAAGAUACAGGGAAUUUUAUCAGUGUGAUUUUGAUGUAGCAGGAGCUUAUGAUCCUAUGAUUCCAGACGCAGAAUGCGUCAAGGUAGUUCAUGAAAUUUUAUCACUUUUAAAAAUGAAUCCAUUUGUGAUAAAGCUUAAUCACCGCCAACUAUUAGAUGGAAUUCUUGAAGUGUGUGGAGUUCCUGCAGUCAAUAUCAGAGCUAUUUGUUCAGCUAUAGAUAAAUUAGAUAAAUCACCUUGGGAAGAAGUUAAAAAGGAAAUGGUGGAGGAGAAAAAUCUAUCACCAGAAAUUGCUGAUAGAAUUGGUGAAUAUGUCAGGUUAAAUGGAAAAAUGGAUCUGGUUGAAAAACUACUAGCAGACGAAGUAUUAAAUAAAAAUAAGAAUGCCUGUGAAGGCUUAGAAGCUAUAAGAAUAUUGUUAAAUUAUUGCAAUUUAUAUAAUACAUCAGAUAAUAUCUUAUUUGAUCUUAGCUUAGCUAGAGGGUUGGACUAUUAUACUGGAGUUAUCUAUGAAGCAGUAUUAUUGAAAGAUGAUACUGUUAAUGAAGAUAUAUCUGUAGGAUCAGUGGCAGGAGGUGGUCGUUAUGAUAAUUUAGUAGGAAUGUUUGAUCCAAAGAAAAAACAAGUUCCUUGUGUCGGGGUUUCUAUUGGAGUAGAAAGAUUAUUUGCUAUAAUUGAAGCUAGACAAGCCACUUCAAAUGAAAAAUUCAGAUCAUCAGAAAUACAAGUAUACAUAGCAUCUGCACAGAAGAAUCUCUAUGAAGAAAGAAUGAAACUUUGCAGUGAACUUUGGGAUAAUGGUUUCAAAGUUGAACAUUCCUAUAAAAAAAAUCCCAAAUUAUUAGCUCAGUUACAACACUGUGAAGAAGAUGGAAUUCCAUUUGUUAUAAUCUUAGGUCAAAGUGAAAUAGAGAAAGGUGUAGUUAAGUUGAGAGUUGUAGAUUCAAGACAAGAAGUGGAAAUCAAGAGAUCAGAUUUAAUUGCUGAAUUAAGAAGUCGAUUAGCAUCUGGCUAGCCUUAAAGAAUGUAACAAUAAAAUAAUAUGUUUGUUCUAAGUAUUUUUUUUAUUAUUUUCUAGCUUUAUUCUAUUUAUUUGUAAGAUCUUCAGUAGAAACAAAAAAAAGUUGGUUUUCUAUUAGUUACCUCUUUUACAUUGUUGACUUUUUUAUUAUUAAAAACGCUUACAACAG